AUGUCUUCCAACAAUCGUAAGAAACUCUUGUUGAUGGGCCGUUCCGGUUCUGGUAAGUCGUCUAUGAGAUCCAUCAUUUUCAGCAAUUAUUCAGCAUUUGACACCAGACGACUUGGAGCAACUAUAGACGUGGAACAUUCACACUUAAGAUUUCUAGGAAAUAUGACGCUUAACCUGUGGGAUUGCGGUGGGCAGGAUGUGUUUAUGGAUAACUAUUUUUCGCAGCAGAAAGAUCACAUUUUCCAAAUGGUGCAGGUCCUUAUCCAUGUUUUUGACGUGGAGUCCCAGGAGGUAAUCAAAGAUAUCGAAAUAUUCACCAAGGCUCUAAAUCAACUCAAGAAGUAUUCCCCAGAUGCCAAGAUAUUCGUUUUGCUACAUAAGAUGGACCUCGUGCAGCGAGACAAGAGGCAGGAGCUUUUCCAAAUCAUGAUGAGCAAACUACAGGAAACGUCUGCGGCGUAUGGAUUCCCAGAACUCAUUGGAUUCCCAACAUCGAUUUGGGAUGAAAGUCUCUAUAAAGCGUGGUCCCAGAUAAUAUGUUCGCUGAUCCCAAAUAUGGCCACUUACCAGUUGAACUUGAAGAAGUUGAAAGCUGUGAUGGAUGCAAGGGAGAUUAUUUUGUUUGAGCGAGCAACGUUUUUGGUAAUAUGCUCCAGUAAUACCACGAGCGGCGAACUCCUGGAUCCCAAGCGCUUUGAAAAAAUUUCUAACAUCAUGAAGAAUUUCAAACAAAGUAGCAUGAAGCUCAAGAGUUCCUUUAAGACGCUAGUUCUCGAUAACACCAUUUUCGUGAGCGAACUCUCCUCUAAUAUGAUGUGCUUCAUAGUGCUGAACAAAUCGGAUAGCCCGCAAGAGCUGAUAUUAGAAAACAUAAAAAAAGCACGGAUUCAUUUCCAAUGA